CUUAACACUUUUGAAUUCAUGGAUUACAUACCGGACAGUGCUUGAUAAAUAGGCUAACGGCACUCACACAUUCAGUGCUUGUGUUUUUCAUUCGCUUUUAUAUUUAAAAUUGUAAUUUUGGACUUGUUCCGUCUUUAGUAGGAAAAAUGCUUGUUGGAGUCGUUGUAUUAUCUCUGAUUCUUGUCCAUGGAAGUAACUCAGUUCCAGAUGUUACUCGGCUUCUUCAAAAACAUCCUAACUGGUCGUUCAGAGUGGAGAGCAUUGAAAAUAUCAUACAGAGAACAAAAAAUUCCACGAGGGGCUCAAAAUUCCAGUACUCUAACCACGAUCUGAUGACGAUACUCAAAGCGAACCUGGGGCCUGGAGAAACUCAUAUCGUGAGGAAAGUUGGUGACCCAAAAUACGUGAGUGUUGAGCAAUUACCGUCCUCUUUCGAUGCAAGGGAGCACUGGCCUCACUGCGCUGACUUGUUAGAGAAGGUUGAGGACGAGGGGCAUUGUCACGCCGACUCGCCAGCAGUGGUUGCCUCGAUUAUGACGGACCGGAUGUGCAUUUUCUCGAACGGAGCCGUGAAGGAGCCCUUGUCACAAUAUGUUCUGACUUGUGCGGAAACCUGCACCAAUGAACCCCGCAUUCAGAAAUCCUGGAAUUAUACUGUGGACCAUGGGAUCCCCACCGGCGGUGCUUAUGGCUCAAAGAAGGGUUGCUACCCCAAUCCUGACCAGCCAUGCUUUCACAGUAAUGACACCUACCACACCUAUCAAAACGGUCACGGCAAAAAGUUAAAACCCUGCAACGAAGAAUUAUAUUACGAUCGAGUAUGUCCUAAGAAAUGCUCCAACCCCAAAUACCAAAAAUCUUUGGACGCGGAUCGUAAAAGAACGACAACCUGGUAUUGGGUGUCCAACGAAGAAUAUAUCAUUCGGAAUGAAAUAAUGACCUACGGAUCCGUGGCAACAUCAAUGGAAUUGUUUGAGGACUUACUUGAGAAACCAAAAGGAAUAUACUGGGUCGAUCGAAAAGCGAAAUUUUUGAGCUUCUAUAAGUUCAUGAAGUUGAUCGGAUGGGGAGUGGAGGACGAUGUCCAAUAUUGGCUCGCUGUGAACACCUGGGACAGCUGGGGUGACAAUAAAGUCUUUAAAGUUCCAAGAGGAAUCAACUAUUGGUACAUUGAGUUAUUUCCGACGGCAGGAGUCUUUGAAGACCUCGAUUGAAUAUGACACAUAGGGCAGUGGCGUGGCGUGCUUUGCGAUAUAUCGAUUGUGAUUCCAUUUAAACCUACGGAAAAGUAUCGAUAAACAGGGUGUUCGCAGCGAACACCUUAAUAAUCGAUUCUUUAUCAUAGGUUUAAAUGGCAUAACAAUCGAUACAUCGCAAUUCACGCCACGCCACUGACAUAGGAUGAUCCCGCAGACGAUGAAUUUCUUCCAGAAAGUUGGUCCAACUUUCUCUCUCAGCACUUUGUUUCAAGUUUACACCUAAUGGACGAAUAUGGAUUCCUAAUUCUACUUUUUCCAAGUUUUCAUUUUGAUAAAUUAAAUUAAAUUAAAUUUAUAUUAAAUUUAUUUAUUUAAUUAUUUUAAAAUGUCACCAAAGUUCCAUGUGCCUCUUCUUCGAUCGUUUUUGGCGUGAUUACAUCGUCAAAAGUCCACAGAUAUAUACCUAAUCAAGUUUUAUGCCCCUCGUGGAUGAAAAUCUGUAGGAAUAACUUUGUAUACCACUAAUGAUAAAGAAUUUGAAGGAAAAAAUAAAAUCAUUUCUACACCAUU